CAAUCCCAAUGGAUGAAUGAUUGGGCAAAGGUUUCUCAAUUGAGGGCUGCACAAUCAAUCAGAUUUCAUCACAGAAUUAAAAGGUUGCCUGUGCUGUUGGGGUAUCAGCUUUAACGAGCUGUUGGCCUGCUUAGAAGUACGUGUAGCACUAAAGAUAAUAUAAUGGCCAGCGAAGUAACCCCGCGAAAGAGCAAAAGGCGGCCUGUGGGCGUGUAUGCCCCUCCGCAUCUUAGAGAAGAGCUUUCUGAAAUCGCUAAAAGUGAGCAAAAAGCUGGACUUUCUGUGUCAGAGUGCUUGGCUUCAGAUGUCCAGGGCAAGCAAUCAAGGCAAGAGAUCAGAAAGGUAGAGAGAAGCGGCACUUCCACCCGACCCAAGCCAGGCACAGAGAAACAUGAGUUUGCUGCGGGUGAGCAGCAAUGCAUCAGAGCUUUAACAGGAGCCGGGGAAGAUCCCAGCUCAAAGCUUUCACACUCAAAGGAGAGGGAUUGGUUGCAAGGCGCAACCGAUCCGUCAACCAAGUUUUGGAGAGAAGUAGAGAAUAAGGAGGCCAUGCAAGAGAGGACGCCAGUAGUGCGCUUUGAAAGAGCCUCGCUGAGAAUUGGUUAGACUGGCUGCAGCGCCUUGUGAGCAGCGCAGAAAUUCAGAUGGAUGCUGUGGUGGCGCUUUAUCUAGAUGGCUUAUUGAGAAUGGAAACAGAAGAGGGGCCUGAGGAGAAGCGAGAGGGACUGGCAGAGUUUUUGGAAGCCAUGCUCCCAACCACAGGCCACAUGCUGACCUGAGUCAACCAGUAGCGCACCUGGAGCUAGGAAAGCAGGGCGGUCGGAGGGAUCCAAAGAUUGCGUGGCUGGUUGAGAACAUCUGGGAUGCGUGGACUGACUGGGGACAAGAGUCCUCCCCGGGCCUGGAAGCAGAGGCGGAGGAAGAAAUGGGAGAGGAGGAAGAGAGAGAAGAGGAGUUCGGAGUUUGGUUGAACGCCAAAAUGUGGGGGCUUGGGUUGGACUCAGACGUCUGUGUGCCAUAUGUGACGGGGCUUCUUGAGCUGGAAGAGGGAGGCUCUGCCAUUGAAGAGUUCCUGGUUGACGCCGCUCUACAAACCGACUCGUCUGCAACAUUGCGCUUCGACCCGUUGUCGACAACCCAGGAGAUUCUGGCUCGGUACAGGAGGCGAGGUAUGGCAGCCCAGGCUGUUUCGAAGCCGGAAAAGUGGGUAGAAGCAUCCCCAGAGCCUCAAAGUAAGUCUAAGAAAGGGAAGAAGAAGAACGAACGAACGGUGCUUCCGGCUGACUUGUUCUCGCACUGGUGGACCUCGGAAGUAGGGGCGGACUGGGGAACGACGGCGACGGCUCUUGAAGGAAACGAGUCGCAAAACGAUGAGAGUUGGGUGAGAAAUACUCAGUGGGACGAUUACGAAGUAGGAAGGCAAGCAGAGACCUGGGGCUUUGAUGAAAAAGCUUUUCACAACAGGGUCGGUGAGGAUGUUUCCUUAAGCACGAAGGCGUCAAAGGCGUCAAAGAAGCCAGUGGGGAUGAAGAAGGUGGCAGCUGGACUGGGUUCCGAGUCCCUGAGCGGGGCUGGGUACAUCCGGUCAGCAGGGAAGCCACCCACGUCAGUUGUGGUCGCUCGACGGAUGAUUCUCCAUGUCCUUGGUCUUAAGGAUCCGAAUCGACGAAAACAGUAGAGCCGGAAAGGGUGUAUUCUUGCCAGCCCAAUCGUCUUCUGAUUUACCAUGCAGCAAUUGCGUUCAGUUCCCGUCGCGGGCUGCAGUCAUGCCUCAGAAGUUGGAUUCAGGCGGAUCGUUGAGCGGCAUCGAACCGUACGAUUCUUUGAGCAAGUUCUGUAAAGGUACAUACUAAGCAUUCCUAGAGACACAACCUGAUUGAUUCGCUCUGGCAGG